AUGAUAGUCGCCGACGUUCAAGUUGACCACCUACAACAAUUUGGACACACACCGUCCAUUGCCGAAACACUAGCCUACAAACACAACCAACUUGCCUCCUCCAAGUGGCAAUGCUGGUGGUUCACAGCGAGCAUGGCUGUCCAUCAGCGUCUAAUGUGCCAUCCUCUUCGUGCCUCGUCUGCCUCCAGCGAUUCUGACGACGUUGAAGAUAUUGUCGCCAUGAGCGCUGCCAGCCACUCGGACUUUUGGGUCCUCAAGUCGGUCGUUGGCACUUAUGCCAUUAUACCACCGCGGUUUGCUUCAGAGCAUGCCGCAGACGAGAAUCAUGAGCCACCUCAACGCCGAAGCUACGACCGACCGCAGAAUCCUUGA